CAGGACUCCGUGGUCCGAUUUACGUGAAAUUUGUUUUAUUCCGUUUGUAUUCGCAUUUCAGGGCUACUUUACUUUCAGAAUAUUUUCCCCAUUAUGCGCUGGUUUGACUGUAUUAAAUUACAGACAUGAUCGCAAGCAAGCAAUUACAGAAUUUUAGUAGACAGAUAGAUAGCGAAUCAGUGACUUGUGGAAGAGAGAGAAACAGAAACUGUUUCAUUAUGGAUUGGCUGAUGCAUGUGAGAGAAAGACCAAAGAAAUGAGCAAAUAACAAAUGCCCAGCAAGUAGUAAAAGAAAACAAAAAAAAACGUUAAAAAGUUGCUGCAGCUGUACCCGGUUAGGUGUAAUGGUUGCAUUGGAUAACAGAAGGAAAAAAACGUGCUCGCGUGUUGGUCAAAAGGACAUUGGUAGUUAUCAAGGUUGUUUGAGAGAGCAAUACUGGAGUGAGAGGAAUGAUUCUUUAUUAUGAAUAGUUACAUUCGUACAAAGAGAGAGAGGGAGAAAUAUGUAGUUAUUUUAUUUUUGUUGUUAUGCCGUUAUAUAUAAACAUUACCCAGCCUAUCAGUGUUAUCCCCCGUGAUAUAUAAUUGGAGGAGAACUUACAGUGGUGACACCGUUUCGAUAGCCAAUAUGGCGUUUAAUGUUCAAAUACUGUGUCCAAAUGGACGAAGACAAAAUAUUAAGACAAACUUCAACACCACUUUACUUCAGAUAUUAGAAGACUGCUGUAAAAAACAAGGGUUUUUACCACCUGAAGAUUAUUCUCUCAUGCAUGGUCGAACAAUCCUUGAUUUAACAUUGUCCAUUCGCUAUUUAAAUUUAACAAACAAUGCUAAGCUAGAAUUAGUGAAAGCAGCAACACCACGAAGAGAAUCUGAGAUAGUAGUUGCCUUACAAUUGUCUGAUGGUACACGACUUCAGAAAAGUUUUCUGCCUCAAGUAACAUUAUGGGAAAUAUUAGAACACUGGCAGAAGGAAGCAGACAGCUCUUUACAACCACUUUUAACAACAGAAGUUGAUACAAGCAGCUCAACAUGUGUGCACCCUAUUUGUAUAUAUAUGAGAGAAGAGAUUAUUGGAGAAAUUGCUUUGAAAACCACACCCUUACGGAAAUUAGGACUUACUGGCGGCAAAGCAGUUAUACGGCUAGUUCACAGACAAGUUGAUGAUGUUACCUAUGCUCAAAUUAUACAGAAGAUUGAUACUGAAACUGCCAAGAAGAUGAAAUUAGAUCAGAUAGCAGCCAGGCAUUUAAGAGAAGAGAAAAAUGAAAGAGAAUUGCGAGCUGUUAGGGAUGUUGGUGAUAGUUCUUCUGAUUAUAUGAUGGAAGUAUCUCAAGAGGCACCUAAUCCUGUUUCAGCGACCCAACCAAAUAUGCAGAUCUCAGGGCAUCUUACUUCUCCACAGGAUGUGGCACAGCGUGAUCAACAGAGAGAAUUUAAACAACAGCAGCAACAAAAACACCAAGAAAGAAAUUUUGCCAAUGAGAGGCUAGUUCAUGGAGAAACUGAAGGUACUACUGAUGCUGUACAGGAGACCAACAGAGAAACUGUCAAAAAGAUAAAAAUGGAAGCGAUAGCAGACACACAUUUAAGAAAAGGAAAAACUGAAAAGGAAAUGGAAACUGUUAGGGAUGUUGGUGAUAGUUCUUCUGAUUGUAGGAUGGAAAUAUCUCAAGAGGAACAUAGUUCUGUUUCAGAGACUCAACGAAAUGUGCAAUUCUCAGGGCAUGAAGAAAAUCUUAUUUCUUCACAGGAAAUGAUGUGGCAUGAUCAACAGAGAACAUCUACACUUCAACAACAACAACAGCAAGAAUUGCAAGACAGAACUUAUUCUCAAGAGAGUGAUAAAGAAAGUGAUGAUUUUGAGAUACCUGAACGAAAUACUCUGAUCUUUUAUCAAGGUGAAAAGGAAAAAGAACAAACUACAUAUGAAGAUCCUCCUGAUGAAUUUUUUGAGGUUACAAAAGCAGAUGUGAUGACUAUGAUGCUUGAUCUUCAGAAAAGAUUCCGAGACCUUGAAAACGUGCCUUUAAUGACAAAAUCUGCAAAAGAAGCUAAACUGUUUCAAAAGUAUGCAAAAUACAAAAAAGCAACUAUAAGAAUACAUUUUCCUGAUCGUAUGGUAUUGCAGGGAACAUUCCAUCCUAGAGAAGAUGUGGCUGCUUUACAUCAGUUUGUGAGAGACAACUUAGAAGAUAGUAAGACAGUAUUUCAUCUCUAUAUCUCUCCUCCAAAGCAAAUUUUGAAAGACACGAGCGAAAACUUGAUUUCAGCAAAGCUUGUUCCGGCUUCCAACGUAUUUUUUGGUUCUACACACAACAAAGCUCCUUUUUUAAAAGCUGAUUUGUCAGCUCAUGUUACAUGCAAAAAGGAUAUAGAUAAUAGCUUUCCAUAUUCAGAAACAAAUAAUACAAAAGAAACUGUUUCAUACAAGCCUCCUCAACCUUCUACUUCUCAAGAAACUCCAUCAACGCCCAAGACAUCUACUCCAAAGCCAUCAGGGUCUCAAAAUUUUAAGAAUUUUGUUCCCAAAUGGUUCAAACUGGGUCAAAAAUAACACAGCUUCCAGCAAAAAUGGUUGAAACUAAUUAGAAAAUAUCUUACUGACAAGUUGAGAUAUUUUCAUUUCUAUUUUAUGAAUUAAAUUGUUACAUAAGUCUUACCAACCAAGUUGGUUUUGUAAUGGUAUUUCUUUAUUAUUAUUAUUAUUAUUAUUAUUAUUAUUACACAGGGUGAGUUUUAGUUACUUUUUUUUUUCUGAAGUUCUUAAGGCUCUUCUAUAAUUAUUAUACAUGUUUCUACUGCUUUAAUGAACAGAAAUAACUGUACACUGAGUAAAAUAAUUUUUGCUUUCUUUGUUGAUAUUCAGUUAAGCUCAGACGUUUUAGCCCAGAAAUAAGCUUCUAUUUAUGGACUAAAAUUGCUGGCAUUUUACAAAAAUAGAAAUAAAAAAUAAACUGUUAAUGAAUUAUGUUCAUGAUAACAAAAGAAGCAAGUGAUAAUUAUUGCAGAUACCAAAGACUUUUCUCAAAUAUAGUGUUUCCAGCUCUAGAAAUAGAACCUUGUGAUACUUUACAUAACUACUUGCAUAACAUAGAAUGAAUAUUCUAUUCACAUCCCAUACUAUUUAUAUGCAUACACACACGGCAGAAGCUGCUUAUUGUAAUAACUUUUUUGAUAACAUGAAGCAAAUAAAGAAUUUGACAUCAAGUUCAAUAGGAAAAUGCUUAAUAACGUUAUUCAUGAUAGUUUGAGAUCCAGCAAUUUUAACAAAAAAACAGUUAAGAUAAUUUGUACUUUAUAAUAUGCAACUUCCAGUGAAAAUAUUACUUAGAUAUAUGUAUUAUACUUAAUCAUUGACACUUAAUUAAGAUAGCAUAUAUAUAUAUAUAUAUAUAUAUAUAUAUAUAUAUAUAUAUAUACCAAUACAAAUACAACUGUUUGAUUUUUUUCCCAUCAUGUUAUUUUUGUGAGAUUUUAAUUAAUGUAUUUCUAUUUUCCUGUCAUAAAUAAAUGAAUGGAUACAUGCUAUGUUUUUUAAUAGUGUAUAAACUGAAAUAAAAUAUUUCAAUGGGACUUCAA